CACAUUUUGUCUUUGUCAAAACUUAUCUUAAAACGUUUGUAGAUUUUCAAGGCAUGGUUGAAGUCCAACAUUUAGUAUUGUUUCGCGGUCCGUUUUACGUUGUUGUAUACCUUCUUUUGAUGGGCAUAAAUGUGUAUGGUUGGCGACGUGUCGGCGUUAAUCAUAUAUUAAUAUUUGAAAUUGAUCCGCGUAAACAUUUAACGUACUCUCACCUCUUAGAAUUGUCGGCAAUAUUUGCCGUCCUAACAGCUUUAAGUGUUUUAGGUUUUAUAUACGCGAAAAAUUUGCAUAUCCCGCGUUUUUCCUUUCCAUUGAUUUUAUUGAUUACCAUGGCAUUGUAUUUAAUUUUACCUUUGCCCAUAUUUCAUUUGGAUAGCAGACUCUGGCUGUUGAAGGUAAUGGGUCGCUUAAUGGCUGCCCCUUUUUUUUCUGUCAGUUUUGCAGAUUUCUGGCUGGGCGAUCAGUUCAAUUCAAUGACUAUUGUCUUCGCGGACUUUAAGAAUUUGUUAUGCUUCUAUGUUCGAAAUCCAUUCUUCAGUGAAAAUUAUAAGCAUCAAAAAUGUGAAGUCGAGGAUUUUGCCAUAAAUGCUUGUGUUUCGUGUUUGCCAGCUUGGCUGCGUUUCGCUCAAUGCUUGCGGCAAUAUCGAGAUAAUCGAAAAUCUCAUCCAUAUUUAACAAAUGCCGGAAAAUAUGCCACCGUAUUCCCAACGAUUUUAUUCGCCACAUUGAUGAACGCGUACAGAGAUGAAUAUGAGACAUUUUUCAAAAAUCCUUUUCUUUGGUGUUUCAUUUGCUUUAAAAUGAUAUCAACGAUUUAUGGUCUCGCUUGGGAUAUUUUGGGAGAUUUCGGUUUAUUUAAGGUAUGCAAGAAAGACAGAAUAUUUUUAAGAGAGGAUGUCAUCUAUUCGAAGAAUUUUUACUAUUUCUUGAUAAUCGAGAAUUGUGUGUUGAGAUUCUUUUGGAUUUUCGAUUUCCCUAUGGUCGCACUAAGCUAUGUGAACUUUCGAAUAAUGGAAUCAAUUUCGGGUUUGCUUGAAAUUAUACGUCGUUAUAUUUGGAAUUAUGUGCGGCUGGAAAACGAACAUCUAUACAAUGUAGGCCAAUAUCGUGCCGUUCGUGAUAUUUUCAUUGCCCCCCUAGAGGAUUUUGACGAAUUGGAAGAUAAAACGAGUGAAAACAAUAAUUUCCAUUGAAACGUCUCUACACGUCGAGAUAAAAC